GGAGGAGAUAAUUUGGCACUGAAUUUAUAAUUCGUGUUGCUAUGUAUCUGCUGUUACAAAUGGAACCCAUUAAUGCUGUCCAUCGAUUAUUGCCUCGGGUUGGCACUUGGCACGCUGUUUCCGCCUGCAAUCAGCUGUACCCGUCUCGAUCGGCUUGCACGCAAUCCUGCCCAUCCUUCCUACAUAAAGCCCUGGCCUUCCGUGUCAUGCUUCACCGGAGCCUGUUGACACCCAACCCCGGCCACCACUUUGGAGACAUCACCAUGGGGGACACUGUCUCUGGCGCCGCCGACUACCGCGGCCAGCCCGCCUCCCGUGCCGCCACCGGCGGCUGGAAGUCUUCGAUUUUCGUCAUGGCAAUGGAGAUUGCGGAGAGGUUCGCGUACAAGGGCGUGGCGUCGAACCUGAUCCAGUACCUGACGGGGCCGCUGGGGCAGCCGAUGGCGCGCGCGGCGGCGUCCAUCGACGCGUGGAAGGGCGUCUCCCAGAUGCUGCCGCUGCCGCUCGCCUGCAUCGCCGACGCCUGGCUCGGCCGCUACCGCGCCAUCGUCCUCGCCUCCAUCCUCUUCAUCCUGAGCAUGGGCACGUUGUCUCUGUCGUCGGCGGUCCGCAUCUUCGGGGCCGGCGGGCACGUCGCCGUCUUCUACGUGGCGCUGUACCUGGUGGCGCUGGGCGAGGGCGCGCACAAGCCGUGCGCGCAGGCGUUCGCCGCCGACCAGUUCGACGACAAGGACCCCAAGGAGUCCGUGGCGCGGAGCUCCUUCUUCAACUGGUGGUACCUGGGCAUGUGCUCCGGCACCGCCGUCACCAUCAUGGUCUCCAGCUACGUCCAGGACAACGUCGGCUGGGGCCUCGGCUUCGGCAUCCCCUGCAUCGUCAUCGCCGUCUCCCUCGCCGUCUUCCUCCUGGGCACCCGCUCCUACCGCUACUACACCACCAAGGAGCCCAGCCCCGUCGCCCGCGUCGGCAAGGCGUUCUUCACAUUGAUCAAGAGCUGGAGAUCGAAACAUCGCACCAACCCGGCGAGCAGUGCCAAAGUCGAGGGCGGCGACAGCGCCGAGGAUCUCGUCGAGGAAGUGAAGAGCGUCUUCCGCCUGCUGCCAAUCUGGGCGUCCUGCAUAAUCUACGCCAUCAUCUUCUCCCAGACGUCGACGUUCUUCACCAAGCAGGCGGCGACGCUGGACCGGCGGAUCGGGCCCAGCUUCAAGGUGCCGCCCGCGGCGCUGCAGACGUUCAUCAGCAUCAGCAUCGUCGUCUUCAUCCCGGUGUACGACCGGCUCUUCGUCCCUUUGGCCCGGCGCUACACGGGGAGGCCGUCGGGGAUCACCAUGCUGCAGAGGGUCGGCGUCGGGCUGGCGCUCUCCCUGGCCGCCGUCGUCCUCUCUGCUCUCGUCGAGAUGAAGCGGCUCCGCGUCGCGUCUGCAGCCGGCCUCGUGAACACCCCGAAGACGCAGCUCCCGAUGACGCUGUGGUGGAUGGUCCCGCAGUACAUCCUCAUCGGCGUGUCCGACGUGUUCGCCAUGAUCGGGCUGCAGGAGUUCUUCUACGACCAGGUGCCCGACGCCGUGCGCAGCCUCGGGCUCGCGCUGUUCCUCAGCAUCUUCGGCGUCGGACACCUCCUCAGCAGCUUCCUCAUAUCGGUCAUCGACGGCGCCACCAAGAAGAACGGGGCCAGCUGGUUCUCCAACAACCUCAACAAGGCGCACCUCGACUACUUCUACUGGCUCCUCGCCGGGCUCUGCGCCGUGGAGCUCGUUGCCUUCUUGUUCUUCUCGCGACUUUAUGUCUACAAGAAAAAGGCCGGCGAUGGUGAUUACAGGGGAGAUGAUCCUGAUGCUAUCGUAGUGUGACCCUGAUGGUGAUUACAGUUCUUGUUACUCUCCCACUGCUUAAUUGGAGGGAGAUUUUGUCUCUUCACUCUUCAGGGAAGCACCACGCCUAGCCAGUGAGUGCAAAAUUUUCAGGUUGCUGUAGCGUACAUACAGAUACAAUACAACUGAGAUAGUACAAUGCCAUUUCAGCAUCCUAACGAUUUAGCUGUGCUAACCGUCAUAAAUUCCGGAAUUGGCCGUAUCUCUGGCCUCUUUUAGUUUUCACUGGAUACUAAAA